CAUCUCAUCUCUCUCUCUCUCUCACCUCUCUCUCUCCUGUUUGGUGUUUGUGUUGGUUUCACUAACCAGCUUGAGUGGAAAGAGUUGUAGCCAUCUUUUUCUUGUGAUUUCUUGAAUAAUUAUGGCUGUUUUUGUAGUGGGUUUAGUUCUGUUCUUGGGCUUGGCUGGUCAUUCAGAUGCAAAUUAUUGUGUUUGCAAUAGCGCUUUGAGUGACAGUGUUCUUCAGAAGAACAUAGAUUAUGCCUGUGGAGCUGGAGCUGAUUGUUCAGCAAUCCUCCAAAAUGGGCCUUGUUUUAACCCAAACACUGUUAAAGAUCACUGCAAUUAUGCUGUUAAUAGUUACUACCAGAGGAAGGGCCAGAUCCCUGGAAGCUGUGACUUUCAGGGCACUGCCACAGUUACACCUAAUCCUCCUAGUUCAGGUGGUGGUGGAUGUGUGUAUCAAUCCAGUCCCAGCAUCGGAGGCAGCACGACCCCAUCGACCACCCCGACCACCGGAGGAACUCCAACCACUCCAACCACGGGUGGCACCACCACUCCAGGCACCGUACCGGUCGGGGGUACCAGCCCAGGAACUGUGCCAGUCGGCAACACCAACCCGGGCACUGUUCCGGGCUCAACCAUGACUCCAGGUUUCGGCCUUGGACCAACAGGAAGUGGAUUCAGCAACACGGACGGCAGCGCUGGCACGAAACUACUAUCUCAAAGCGGCACUUGUACGCUUGUUUCGGUCUCUGUAACUCUUCUGAUUUCCGGUUUGAUGUGGCCAAGAAUCUGAGGGGAGGCUAAAGGGUGAUUCUUACUUUCAUCUGGACACAACUCCUCCAGUGGGGAAAAAGAGCAGGGGAAUUUGAUUCCCUUUUGAGUGGAAAUGUUUGGCUGAUUCUAUUCCCUUUUCUUUAGUCUUUCUUGCUGUGUACAUCUAGGUAGGAAGGCAGAGCAGUGAAAUUUUACUUUAUUUUAUAAUGUUUCUUUUUCCCAGAUUUCAAUGAGAUUUUGAACCCUAAUGCUUAUGUUCGUUGUUACUUAGUGUUAUAUUAUUACUGCAGGUUCUCAAUA